AUGGACUCCACCGAUCGCUCGAACCGUGGUGAGCUCGGCGGACCGCAAAUGGUCAUUCAACAAUAUGCGCGAUAUCCUCCGACUUUGGAAUCGACGUUGCAGAGUGCUUCCUCCUUGGGAAGUGCUCGUAGCCAAAUAGAUAUCAACAAAUCGCCUCCAUUACAGCGAAGAGAAACCCCCAGGAGCUUGCAGUCUUCCCCGAGGGGCAUGCGUUCUGCUCUACCCCCAUCAUCGGCCAAUCGCUCCGGGACAUCCAUGUCUCCGCCAAUUUUUGAUCCUCAUCGCCAUCAGCCGAUGAAAGAUCCUGCCGAUCACGCAGAUUCCCGAGUUCUUCCGUCACGGGAUAUCACUGACGAGACAAUCGAUGAUGCCUAUGUCUCAUUUAUCUUGUACUGCAAUCCUAAUGUUCCAUCCUCGGUUGACACAUCAGAUCUGCGAAAGACCUUCCGUUGUCUCCCGCGGAGUGACGGAAAAAGUUUCAACAUCUUUACCCUAUUCGGGCUCAUUCGAAGGCGGCUGCAGAAUGAAGAGUUGAAGACAUGGAUCCAAUUAGCAAUUGAGUUGGGUGUCGAACCGCCCUGCAUUGAAAAGAAACAAAGCACCCAGAAGGUACAACAGUACACUGUCCGGCUCAAGCGUUGGAUGCGUGCUAUGCAUAUCGAUGCUUUCUUUGAAUAUUGUAUGGGCCUGCCCCAUUCUUACUAUACACAGCUCCCGCCAUCUGGUCCUUUCGUCAGCGAAUCCCGGGAUGGUGUGUUAUUGGAAGAAGAUCUCGCACUCAGGGCACUUGUGCCACAAUGGAAGCCAAAGCGGGGAAGGAAAAGGGUCGAGGAUAGGUACAGCGAGGAAGACAAAGCAAUCAAGCGGCCCCAGUUAGAUACAUCUGUUGGCGCCCUACAGCAGGGUAGUUUUCAUUCCCAUUCGGUGACAUUCCCACAGAGUGCGAUUCCAUUCAGUGCAUUUCCUGAUGAUAUGGAACCAAAUGACCCCUGGAUAGCGGCGACCUCGUCGUUUCCGAAUGGUUCAGGGCCGGAUCAGCAAAGUCAAGAUAUACGCUGGAGACUUCCCGAGCGGGAUGCUUCUCCUGCUAAUUAUCCACAGUCUGCUAUCAUUCCACGGAGUCAUCUACCAUCAGAUGUCCUCAUGUCUGCGGAGCCACGGUCAGCAGUCACUCCGUCAACCGGUGAAAAGAGCCGCUCUAGGAGACGACAUGGACCUGCGGUUUCAUCUGCUUGGCCGAACAGCAACGGCUUGUCAGCCGGGAAAGGCCGAGGAAGGCCGCCAAAUAAAGGGUCAUCAUCUGGUUCCUUUUCUACCUUCCAGGUCAAUCCAAGUCGGGAAUCAUCACAGGCACCCAAUCCUAAUACUCAGGCUCCUUCACUCGCCCUGGACAGAAAUCCGCCCCAAAUAUUUCAGGCCCCAUCUCACAAUCAAACUCCAACAUCUAUCUCUCAGGGAAGGCCCAAUAAACUUCAAUUGCAGGUUCCUCAACAUUCAGGGGCGCCAGUUCGCCUUGCCACUCCGCCGAGAUUAGUAGUUAAUGGUGUGAAUGGUGCUGUCAUUCCCGGGUCUGAGGGGCCCAAUGGCUCCCGCCAAUAUCCCACCACAGAUACUCCAAAGAAUGGUAUCACUACUCAAACAUCUUCCUCCAGUGGGCAAAGCAAUGCGGCCACUACCCCGAAUCCCUCCAUCGAUGACAUUAUUCAUGCGCUUUCUGCCGAGCUUCUUCGUGCUAGGCUGACAGGGCGGACGGCGACCCUCGCUCCCAACGAGGCGGGUGCCUUGGCUUCGGCGAUGGUGAUCAAUUUGUCUUCAUUAUAUUCACAGUUCCAACUUGGAACUCCUUCGUUGCUACUGGCCUUUCAUCUUGGCGUUGGUCAUCAUUUCGGAUUAGCAGGCACUAAUCCAGGGUCACUGGUUAUCAAGGUUGAACGUGCCAUCCCAAGCAGCGACGGAAAUAGGGGUGCCCCAGCCUCUAAAGAAUCAUUCAGUGGGGUCCACUAUACCGUUUCUCAUGAGUACAAAACUUCAAGCCAGUUUUCGAUGCAAAUCACGCUUGCAAAUGUCAACCCUAGUAUAGGAGGGACAGGUGCGUCUGACCAUGCAAGUGCGAUUGUCGGUCCAAGUCAUGAGAAUAUUGCCAGCGAUAAGACGGUUGAUCUGGAUUUUGACGAAGAUGAUCCCAGCCAGCCUGUUUCCGAAGCAACAUGGAAGCAGCGUUACACGAAACUCCGUGCUCAAAUGCAGAAAAAGGACCAGGCUUUGUCCCAAUACAAGAGAAAGAUCGUGGAAUCUGUCAUGGCAGACAUAUAG